AAGCGCUUUUUUCCCGCUACUUUUGACACCUAACCUCAAAGAUACUCACCUAAAAGUCCACAUUGCUCUAAAAAUUUUCUAUUUUCUCCGUAAAAUCUGUGCAUUUUCGUCUUUUAACAAACAUAUCAAGUAAGUUUAUUUCCCAAAUUAGAGUCCACAAUGCCUUCUGAGUCUUCUUGCGUGCUGCGUUUUGCGAAAUUGACUGAACACGCUUUUGCCCCAAUGAAGGGCUCCGCAAAAGCUGCUGGAUUUGACCUAAGAAGUGCCUAUGAUUGCGUGGUCCCUGCACGUGGGAAAGAACUCGUAAAGACAGACAUUCAGAUUCAGGUUCCGGAAGGCUGCUAUGGCAGAGUGGCACCCCGUUCUGGGCUGGCUCAUAAGAAUUUCAUUGAUGUAGGAGCUGGUGUCAUUGAUGAAGAUUACAGAGGCAACGUAGGAGUGAUCCUUUUCAACCAUUCCGACCUGGAUUUCAAAGUAACCAAGGGAGACAGAAUUGCCCAAUUGAUCUGCGAGAGGAUUUUCUAUCCGGAUAUCGAAGAGGUCCAGUCUCUCACUGAAACUGAACGUGGAAGUGGAGGAUUUGGCUCAACAGGAACCAAAUAGAAGACUCAAGUUCAUGUCCAUUCUCUAUAUUGGAUUCCCAGAGGAUUCUUUGUUGAAAUUUAGAAGAAAUUUCAGCAAGAUUCCUAUUCUCGAAUUCCUUUUGGAAAAAUUGUCUACCUCUCGGCGUUUAUAGAUCUCUGAAUUAAUUUCCCGCCAAAAAUGGCAAGAAAAAUGCUCCCAAGUGAAUAAAUGUUUAAUUUUCUGUAAAA